AUGAUUCUAGAUAAUCCUAAGAUUAUAUAACCAACAUUAGAUUCUUUAAAGAAUUCUUUUAGAACAGGAAAAACUUUAUCUUUAUCAUAUCGUAAAUAAUAAUUAAAGAACCUUCUCACAGGUUUAAAAGAGAUGGAGGAUGAAAUUAUAAAUGCAAACAUAAAAGAUAUGGGGUAUAAAAAUAAAGAUACAUCUAAACUUUUUAAUUUAACCCCUACAAUAAUGGAAAUAUAAUUUAUAUUAAAAAAUUUUGAAAAGUGGUCUUAAAAGUAAAAAGUCGAUACAUCCCUACUCGUUGGACCAGGUUAAAGUUACAUUAUUCCUGAACCAUUUGGGGUAUCGUUAGUAAUAGGAGCUUGGAAUUAUCCUCUUAGCACUUGUGUAGGUCCGGCAGCAAACUCCAUAGCUUCAGGAAACUGUGUAGUAUUAAAACCAUCUGAAAUGGCACCUUACAGUUCAAAUGUUAUAAAAAAAUUAAUUGAAAAAUAUUUAGGUAAAAAAUAUAAAAAAGUUAAAAAAAAUUAAAAAAUAAUAGACAAUGAUUGCUAUAGAGUAAUAGAAGGAUAAAUAGAAGUAUCAAAAGAAAUAUGUUCUUAUCCUUGGGAUCAUAUAAUAUUUACUGGUUCUCCAUAAAAAGGGCGUUUAAUAGCAAAAGCAGCAGCAGAGAACUUAAUUCCUGUAAUACUAGAAUUAGGAGGAAAAAGUCCAACAAUAGUGGACAAAAGUGCGAAUUUAGAAACAGCUGCAUAUAGAAUAAUAUCAGGGAAAAUACAAAAUUCAGGUCAAACUUGCAUAGCUCCAGAUUAUCUUUAUGUAGAAAGUUCUAUUUUUGAUAAAUUCCUAGAAAUGCUAAAAAAAGUACUUUUGGAAAUGACUUAAAACGACCCUAAAACUUCACCUGAUUAUUGUAGAAUGAUAAAUGAAUUUCACACUAAAAGAAUGCAAAAUAUGAUCAAAAAUCAUGGUGGUAAAUUGUUCUAUGGAGGUGAAGUUGAUGUUAAUUAAAAAUAUGUUUAGCCUACUAUUAUUAUUAAUCCAUAGCUAGAUUCUGAUUGCAUGAAAGACGAAAUUUUUGGACCUAUUUUACCUAUAUUUUCAUACAAAAAUUUUGAUGAAGUUAUAAAUUUUAUUAAUAGCAAAGAUAAACCUUUAGCACUUUAUUAUUAUGGAGAAAACAAAAUACAUAAGUAAAGGUUAAUUGAACAAACUUCUAGCGGAGCUCUUUCCUUUAAUGAAUCUGUUAUGCAUUAUAUUAAUCACACUCUACCUUUUGGAGGAGUAGGAAAUUCUGGAUAUGGAAAAAUACAUGGAUAAUUUGGAUUUUAAAGUUGCUCCCAUAUGAAACCUGUCCUUGAUAAAAGUGGAUUCAUUGGAACUCUUAAUGCUUAUCCUCUCUAUUGUAGGUUCCCUCCUUACACUGAAUCAAGAAUCAAAACAAUGAAUUUUUUAUCAUAAGUAUUUGAUAUUUAUCCUUCUGAAAUUACUACAAGUGUUUAUUUUAAAAUUUUCAUAGUUUUAAUUUUGGCUAUCCUGCUCUCAUUAUUUUCCAAAUUAUGGUGAAAGUAAUAAAUAAUUAAAUACCAUUUAAAUUUAUUAAUAUUUCUUAUAUUUAAAUAAUAUUUAUUUAAUAAUUCAAAUUUUUAUAAAUAUUCUAUU